AUGCCCGGCGCUAGUGACAUGAGCACAGCCUUGAGCUCCAGCCCUGUGAAUCGUAACCCUUACGGCCACGGAAAUGGGGUUAGCGAUUUUCUGAGCAACGUCUCGCGGUUUAAGAUUAUUGAGAGCACCCUGCGCGAGGGCGAGCAGUUUGCCAAUGCCUUCUUUGACACGCAGAAGAAGAUCGAGAUUGCAAGGGCACUAGAUGAGUUCGGGGUUGAUUACAUUGAGCUCACGAACCCGUGUGCCUCGGAGCAGUCGAGGCUAGACUGUGAGGCGAUCUGCAAGCUGGGUCUUAAGGCUAAGAUUCUAACCCAUAUUCGGUGCCAUAUGGACGAUGCGCGAAUUGCCGUGGCCACUGGUGUUGAUGGCGUCGAUGUAAUGAUUGGAACAUCGUCUCUCAUGCGCCAGCACUCCCAUGGCAAGGAUAUUGAGUACAUCAAGAAGACCGCUAUUGAAGUAAUCAACUUCGUGAAGUCGCAAGGAAUAGAAGUUCGCUUUUCAACAGAAGAUUCCUUCCGCUCGGACCUAGUGGACCUCCUCUCAAUUUACUCCGCCGUCGACCAAGUCGGCGUAAAUCGAGUCGGUGUUGCCGAUACCAUUGGCUGCGCUUCCCCACGACAGGUGUACGAGCUCAUCCGUGUUCUUCGUGGCGUGGUCAGCUGUGAUAUUGAGACCCAUUUCCACGAUGAUGCUGGAUGUGCAAUUGCAAAUGCAUAUUGCGCCCUGGAAGCAGGUGCAACACACAUUGACACUUCUGUGCUAGGAAUCGGUGAACGGAAUGGUAUUACUCCGCUUGGAGGGCUCAUGGCGCGGAUGGUUGCCACGCAUCCAGAGUAUGUAAAGUCUAAGUACCGCCUUGAAAAGAUUAAGGAUUUAGAGGAUCUUGUUGCCGAGGCAGUGCAGAUUAAUAUCCCGUUCAACAACUAUAUCACGGGCUUUUGUGCGUUCACUCACAAGGCUGGUAUUCAUGCCAAAGCCAUCCUCAACGACCCCAGCACAUAUGAGAUCAUCAACCCCGCAGACUUUGGCAUGACCCGCUACGUGCACUUUGCCUCGCGACUGACUGGUUGGAACGCCAUCCGAUCCCGGGCGCAGCAGCUAAAUAUCAGCAUGACCGACAAACAAUACAAGGAGUGUACAUCUAAGAUCAAGGCUUUAGCCGAUAUCCGCCCAAUUGCGAUUGAUGAUGCCGACAGUAUCAUCCGGGCGUACUAUCGGAAUAUUCAGUCCGGGGAGGAUAGUCCGUUGAUGGACCUCACAACGGACGAAGCGGCGCAGUUUGCGAUGAAGGAGAAGGAGCUUGGGGGAUUGAUGAGCGCGUGA